CUACCGCCCAAGAGCGGCCCAUGGCGCCGCGGCGCCGCGGCCCCGUCUGCCUCCUCCUGGCGUGCGCGGCGGCGGGCUCCGCGCGGGCGCUCGGCCGCGGCGCCGCGGCCGCGAAGGAGGCCCCCGCGGGCGCCGCGCCGCUACAGCCCGCGGCGGGGCCGCCCGGCGCUGCAGAUGAGGCGCCGGACGGCCUGUGGAGCGGCUCCGACGCCGCGCCGUGGAGCGCGCACGGCCCGCGGCAGCCGCGCAGCAGCGUGGCCAGGCACGGCGCGGGCUCCCGCAGCGCAGGGCCCCGGCUGCAGAUCCUGGGCAUGUUCGACUCGGGGACACACCUGCUCGGGGCGCUGCUGGAGGCCAACGUGGGGCACGAGACCAUGCGGGACAUCUGCCCCAACGCAGACAUAGGCGCCGAGAACACUUGGAAGGAUCG